AUGACGUUUUCCGCUACGCACAAGAGACUGAACUGGCGCACUUUCUGGUGUUGCUUUUUCUUGUCACUGGGCAGUUUCUGCUAUGGCUAUGCAGCAUCGAUCAUCUCCACGACCCUAGGCCAGCCAACCUUUCUAUCAUAUAUGCAUCUAAUCGAUGCUGAGGGAAAUCCAGCCUCCAACCAAGCGGCGUUGGUUGGGGCCACGGUUGGCCUGUUCUGCACCGGAGGGUGCGUAGGCGUCCUAGCCACCAGCUGGUCGCUCGAUAGAGUCGGGAGAAAACCGACAAUGAUUGCCCUUGUGGCCAUCUACACUUUGGGUGGUGUUUUGGUCACAGCAUCUCAGAAUAUCGGCAUGUUCAUUGCUGCGAGGACGAUCCAUGGAUUUGCAGCAGUCAGUUUCAUAGCUGCCACAUCCACAUACAUCGCCGAACUCUCCCAGGCGGAAACCCGAGGAUUCUUCACCGGUCUGACCGGCGUGGCCAUCGCCGUCGGCUACACAACCGCAGCAUUGAUAGGUCUAGCCUUCUCCUACACCACCAAUCCGGACGUGCAAUGGAGAACGCCCCUGGGUUUGUCUCUAGUACCAUCCACCUCCCUCCUAGCCGUGCUCUACUGGGCCCCCGAAUCCCCUCGCUACCUGCUCCUCAAGGACCAGGCGGAAGAAGCAUGGCAGAUUGUCAGCAAACUGCACCAUGACCCGAUGGAGGAGAACCAAGAAUACGUCAAGGAGGAGUUUUUCCAGAUGCAGAUGCAGCUCGAGUUCGACAGGACCCUCGACUCCUCGUGGAUCCAUCUGUUUUCGAAACCCUCGUACAGGAAACGAAUGCUCAUGGCGUGUCUGGUAACCUUUUUGGCUCAGAGCACCGCCGUGUUAGUUGCUGCUGCCUAUGGUCCAUCCCUCUACUCCGCUCUGGGAUUCAGUGUCAAACAAAGUCUGAUUCUUCAAUGCGGUUGGAUUGCAGGUUCUAUCCCCGCGGCAAUCAUCGGCGUCACAUUAUGUGACCGUUUCGGACGCAAGCCUUUCAUCAUGACGGGCUUCGUCGGGUGCAUCGCGGCCUUGGUAAUUCUCACUGCCAUGGAAGCCGUCUACGCUCCCACGGCAACCAAUAAAGUCGGACUCGGUUGGGCCGUGACAGCCUUGUACCUUAUUGUCAUCUUUUACUGCCUGGGGGUCGAGGCCUGCGGGGCCCCCUUUUACUGCGAAAUCUUCCCGACGCACAUUCGCGCAAAGGGAGUCUGUUUUUGCGUCUUCGUCAACAGUGCCGCCAACCUACUCUAUCUCGAAGUUGCACCCACUGCUUUACAGAAUAUCGGGUGGAGAUUCUUGUUGGUUUUCAUCUGCGUUCUCUCUGUCGGCUCGGUCUUCUACUGGUACUGGGUCCCGGAGACGAGAUCUGUGCCUUUGGAAGAACUAGCCGCAAUCUUUGGCGACACCGACGAAGUUAAGAUAUACUCGACCGAAAUCACCGUCAAGGACGACGGACAGGUCGUGGUUGAGGACCAUCAUCGUAUCGGACAGAGUAUGGGUGUGGCGGGAAAGGAAGAGACGGAGGUUGUUCUACGCGAGAAGGUCUGA